CCAAUAUCAUUAAUUCUCACAUUAUCCCACCAAAACGGAAUCCAACUCUGACUGCUUCAAUAACAACCUCACUCCUAUACCCCCAGCGUUCACUAAACUUGCCAACCGUUAUGGCGUCUCAACCCUCAGCAGAAACCCCUAAGCCCAUAGACCCCCAAUUAGGCGCCGCCGUGGUAGCCCCUCCUCCAGCUAUCCCUAACCCCUCGGCCCUGAUCCUGCGCCUGCUCACCCCGGCUGAAAAGGAGGCCAGUUGGAUCACUAACUCUGUCUCCUGGGCCGGCCGCCUCACCCAAGCCGACUACGUUGCCCGCGAAGCUGCAAAUGGGGCUAGUAGCCUCCUACGCGACGGCGGGGUUAGGUAUUGGGGCCUCACUACUGAAGGGGAGGGAGGGGAGAUCUACGCGGCGGUCGAGACGCUGAAGAAGAGAGUCUUGGUGCAGACGAGCAAGGGGUUUAAUACUGAAGAUUCCUACGGCAUCGCAUCGGUCUUCACGCCAGCCAAGUACCGUGGCCACGGGCUGGCAGGGACGAUGAUGCGGAAGUUGGGCGAGUGGCUUGAUACCGAGGAGGCGAACUGCCAAUUCAGCGUUCUUUUCUCGGACGUUGGGAACUUCUACGCCCGUCACGGCUGGGCUGUCGUCCCCUCCCCCGAAAUCACUAUCCCCGCUUCUCCCCUCCCAACCUCCGCCUCUCCCUCCCCAGCUACAACACCCAUCACAGCAGAAUCCCUCCAACCCUACACGCAGUCUGACUUGCUCACCCUGACCUCAGAGGUCAUGUCACCUCCCUCCCCCGGCAACCAUACGCGCCUCGCCUUCGACCCCUCCGUCGCACAAGCAGAGUGGCACUUCGGCGCCGAGGACAUCUCCGCCUCGAAGCUAUACCCCGACCAGGCUCCGCCGACUCUCAAGGGUGUGGCAGCUGGUUCCACUUUCGGGUAUUGGGUCCGUGAUUUCAAUGAGCGGAAGCUGAUUAUGCUGCGGCUUAAGGCGGGUGGGCCGUUGGAGGGCGGAGAGGCGCAGGGUGUGCAGGAGGUGGUGAGUGUGUUGCGUGCAGCGCAGGCCGAGGCGCAUGCAUGGGGACUAGGGAAGGUGGUCGUGUGGAAUCCGGAUGAGAGGGUGAAAGAGGCUUGUAAGGUUAUUAUGGGGAAAGAGGUUGAGGUUAAGAAUAGGACGGAGGGGAGUGUGCCGUGUUUGAGAUGGAACGGGAAGGAGGGGGGUGGGAAGGGGGAGGUGGAAGCUGGGGUUGAGUGGCUUGCAUUGGAGAAGUAUUGCUGGUGUUGAGAGGUUGAGGUGAGGAAUAGCGUAGACAUGUCAGCUAUGAUGGCGAUGAUGAUUAUGAUAUGAAUAUAGUAGAACCUUUACAUAAGAAUGCUCUAUACUAGAAUUCUUGGUUUAUAAGAAUCGAUUGUCGGG